AUGAGCGUACUUACAGAGAGCUUGGCGGACAGAGAGAGGUGGAUUGCGCAUGCUCUCCAUGUCAACAGCGUGACUACUCCUGGUCUACUCGGGAUCGCAGCCUAUCCGCAAUACGAGAAGGCGCUCAAAGGAGGCUCGCGGAAGGAAGGAAGGUUCUACUUCGACCCUCGAGUGUCGACGCAGAAAAGCGGUCCGUAUCCGGGGAUAGAUGGGGCGCCAGAUCUUAGCCUCCACAAGUAUCCUGGCAGCGCAAAACAGUUUCGAAGCUACUCGGAUAUCAAGAACGACAAGUCAACCAUGCACGUCCGACCCAAGAAGGGCCCUGUGGAUCUCUUCAUCCAGCCGAACACUGCCAGCCAGUACAUCGGGUGGAAGGUUCUCGACUCUAGCCUGUCAGUAUACGUGAAAGACAUCUACGACCCCGUCACUAACUACACCGGGCUGUACAAGCCCAAGAUGGGAUCGCGAGAGACGAAGUAUGCUGAGAGUUUAAUCCUCGGGCCAAGGGCGAUCUAG